GAGAAUUGUAAUUUUCAUUGUAAUUUUCAAGGUUGUGAACGUGUAAUCGCGUCUACCUGUUUUACUUUUUUGUUCAUUGCAAUGAACCAUGGUUUUCGAUGAAUUUCCGUCACAGGAGGACCGUUGUGUUUACAUGAUAGCCACAUAAACAGCCUUUACAGAUUCGUUAAAAUUAGUGUUAUUUGUAUAAUCAGUCAUCAAUUCGUUUACACUGUGCUGCAACACUGUUGUAAGAUACACCAGUUCACUAGAGUCAACAAAAAUGUAUCCCGGUCGAUUGUCGUCUGCUCUACGCCUCUUCCACUUCUUCUCCGUCGUUGUCUUCUUCUACUUCACAUCUGUACAACUGAUCCGUUCAUAUGGUAAUGAAGUGUUGUCUUCAAACAGUACAUCUUGUGGCAAUAUCAGCCUGUAUCAUAUAUCAAUCACAAAUGAAACGCAUAGAACUUGGUUUCUAAUUAUGGCUCAAGUUCAUCAUCCACCAGCUGUCAUUUUAGUGAAUGCAAAAGCUGAUUCUCAAUUAAAUGUCAACUGUUCUAGAUUAAAUACUUCAAAUGUUUUAGAGUACAGAGAUUCAGUUUAUAUUAACAAUGUUAUUCAAUCCUAUGGAUGGAUUCUACACCGGAUUAUGCGUUAUAAUGAUACAGACAAUAGUGGAAUAAUCCCAGACGCUGUUUCAACUUCGACUAAAACAUUCUUGGGAAGUAAUCUCAACUGGACGUUAACUAGAUUCGAUUCCGACAAGGAACCAGUGACAGUUGAAUUUCAAGCUCAUCAGUCUUUAGAUAGUCAUGAAAAAAUCAACGGUGCUAUCAAGUUAAUUUUUCAAGUCUACCAUAAUCCAAUGAAACCGAUAAAGACGUUAUAUUACGAAAUUGAUAAUUCGUUAACUAUUCUUACAGAACUUAUAUUAGAUCAAGUUGACGUUGUUAAUGAAGUCCAGAGAUUCUCUCCAGUUCUACUUAUAUUUUCAAAUCAUUCCUUGAAGGAUGAUCAAGAUUAUCUGGAACAGAGUGCAAUACAAGUGAAUGCGGAAGAAGGUCCUCUUGGACGAAAUAUCCAGUCAACAUUUAUUGAACUAGGAACACGAAAGUCGAAGAGUGACAAUCAUAAAGAAUGGAUAACACCCAAUGCUUAUUUACAGUUUCCAGCGGCAUUUUGGACAAAUAGCGAAGAGACUAAAGCUCAGAAAUUCCUACUGGGUUUGGGUAUUCCAAACAUUGUCGUCACUGAACCACCGAGUAAUACUAGCACCACUUCUAGUAUUGUAGGUGCAUUUUUGGGUGGUAUUGCUAUAAUAUGCGGAAUUGUUAUAGGUGUAUACAGUGUACGUCGUGCACGUGUACGUUAUCAUCGAAUACCACCGUCGAAUGCCAUCGAUGAAGUUCCUGAGAAUAUUAAUGAUAAUAAUAGUGAUGGUGAUCUUAAUACUAAUGGCAGAUAUGUAGAACAGUAUCAAUAUGAGAAACUGGUUCAACCUUUACCAGUAGUAUCAUUAAAUCAUGGAGAAAAUUCUCAAAGUGUUCAUCUUUUUAAUCCAGUCAAUCAUUUACAAACAUCUGCAUUGAUUUCAGAUGUUCCACCAGCUUAUGGAUCAUUAUCAUUUAGAUCGGAUCAACCUAAUUAUUGA